UCAGUGUCCCUUUAAGCUUAUACUUUAUAGGAAAUAUGGGCAGACAUUAUUAAAUCUUUGUUUCUAUUUGUAUUUUAUAUGAAUUUUUUUAUAUCCGCAAUCGGUUACUGAACUGCAACAGCUGUAAAACGGGCACUUUAUUAAUGUUUAUGUAAUCUCCUUAGCUGUAAGUAUCCUCUGCUGUAAGCAGUCACUGUGUAGUGUGUAGCUGGUUAGGCAAUUUGUAGCAUGCUUAGUUUUAUAGAAUUCAACUUUCUCUUUAGGGAGUGAGAGAAACUCAUUUGUACAGCAAAAGCAAAUAAAAUAAUGAAUUUAUUACAGUUCUGUUUUUUUUUUAUGGAAACAAGCGGAAUUGUCUGUAUUGGCGGAUAGCUCACCCUGUUGGACUUGCACGUUUGGUUUCGCUGCAGGUCUAUAAGAUGUUACCAGUCAUGCUACUUGCUGUGUGCCUGGGCGCAGCCGGGGGGGAUUACCUGGAGGACGACUGGAUCGAUCCCACUGACAUGCUGAACUAUGACGCAAGUUCAGGGAAGAUGAGGAAUCGGCAACAGGCGCAAGUGGAGCAGCCUGUGGUGAUAGAUGAUGUACAGCAGGUGGCGCAGUCAGUCUGCCUGGCGCAGAGGGAGGAAUGUGAGAAGACGGUGGAGCAUCUUAAACAGGAGAUAUCACAAUACCAGGUGAAGGAGAAGUCAAAGACGGCUCAUGUCAGCAGCAGCCCUGUGUUUAAACGAUAUCUGCGCAGGAUCUUGAGUGAGGUUGAACAUUUAGGACUUCCUGACGAGUCUCAGCCGGAGGUUCAUUACGAUGCUGAGCUGAUUCUAACAAGGCAGAUGCUGGCUGAGAUCCAGAGGUUCCUUGAGGAUGCUGACUGGACUGUGGGGGCUUUGGAUGAUGCUCUGAGCAAGACCUUUGUUCAGCUAAAGCAGCAUGACUCGGAGGCAUGGAGGUGGAAGUUUGAGGAUUAUGUUGGAGUGGAGCCAUUCACGGCAUUUAUGGCUCUCCUCUGUGUGCUGUGUAUUGUUGUACUAAUAGCCACUGAGCUGUGGACACACGUUGGGUGGGUUACGCAAAUUGUCCGCCUGUUCACUCUGUGCAUCUUCAUCAGUUUUGGCAUGAACUGGAUGUACUUAUACAAGGUGGCUUUUGCAGAGCGCCAGGCAGAAAUGAUGAAGUCUGAGAAGUUUGACACCAGCUGCAACGCCAAGAUCAGCUGGACCGAGACUCUAUUUGGGUAUUUAAAGAGCGCAGUGGUUUUUGAGAACGACCCAUGUAAGGAAUAUUACAAGGCCUUUAUGGUAAACCCAGCGCUAAUGGUCCCUCCUACAAAAGCGCUGGCGCUCACCUUUACAGAUUUCAUUACAGAACCUUUGAAGCAUAUUGGCAAAGGGAUUGGGGAAUUUAUGAAAGCUUUGCUCUCGGAAAUCCCGGUGCUGUUACAAAUUCCUGUCUUAAUUUUUUUGGUUGCUGCAUUGUUGAUCUUCUGUUACGGGACAGGAAGAACAGUUGGUCAGUUCCAUUAUCUGCAGAGACCACAGAGAGACCAACCGCCCGCUGUAGAUUUUCAGAGAACAAAUAAUGCUGGUUAUAUUGAAGAUGUAAAUCGCCAACCACCCCGGCAGCAGGGUAAUCAGUAUCAGCUGGAGCAGAGGCCACAUGGAGCAGGAGAUGCGCCGAGGGCCAUAAAUCAGAGCCCAGAGACAAUACAGCCAAUGGAUGUCAUCGAUAAUGGGCGGAAACAGAACUCUGUUGCUGAUGUGAGUUGUGGUCCUAUGGUCAAGGUUGCACAAACGAUUAUCACGGAAAGAAAGGAGAAAUUGAAUGAAGAACCAAACACAAUGACGCAAGAGAAGAAUUGUCCAAAUGAGGAAGAGUCUGAAGGGCAGACAUGUAACGUAGAUACCCAAAGUACUGAAAGUCCUAAAGCUUCUCAGCCUCGCAGUAGUGAGCAGAACACACCAGAGGUGACAGACGUAAGUUCAUCACCUGCCACCUGAUGGGUAACCUGAGUCUGUAGGCGGUUAGGGGAACAAGUGUAUUUUUUAUGUUCAAGCACUUUAAGAACCAUUCUAUAAAUAUUAUUUUUGUAUAUGGAUAUGAUGUAUAUUUUAAUAAAUGUUAUGGAAUAAAA